ACCAGCACUGAAUAGUGACAGUGUUACCCAAGCUAUGGAGGGUUAUCUAUCAAAUUAUUAUUUGGGGAUCAAUGAAGUUAUACUAUUCUGAUUUUACAUUCUUGAAAAAAAAUCAUUUUUAAAAUGUGCAGGAGGCUUGCAACUUUAUUCUUGCUUCAAUUGUUUUGUUUCAUCAGUGGUCAGGUGACUGAAAAGCAGACGACAUUCAGUCAUGUGACAGAACAGCAGGAGACAGAUGUGACAACUGAGGACAAGGUGACAGUUCUAGAGGCUGUGGUAAAAAGUUUACAAUCAAGCAUUGAAGAACUAAAAAAUGAAAGGAAAACUGACAAGACCUACUAUGGGGAGGUAGAAAAUAGGAUGAUCCUGACCCAUGCAGAAACUGUAACACUCCACAGUGAUGUCAUGCAACUUAUAACAACACAGACAGAAAUACAAAACAAAAUAACCACACUUGAUGAAAGUGUCGGAGAUCUUAAGCUAGAGUCAAAACAGUUAAAUUUUAUACAAAAACAACUGCAAAAAGAUAUUGGAAGCUGGAUGCAACUGAAAGACAACACAAGAAGAUCCCAAAGAAGACUAGAAAAACGCCUGAAAGAAAAAAUAGAAACCCUAGAUAAAAAGUCAGACGUUGUGUCACAAGACUUACAGAAAACAAAAGAAAACCUUUCUCAAUAUUUUGAGAAGUCUACAAAAGAUGCAGCAAGAUUUAAAAUAUUUGUUCAAAAUAAUACUGAACAGCUAAAAGAAUUCAUUACCAAUCAAACUGCACUAUUCACACCUCUGAAGAAAGAAACAAUAGGUAAAAGAUUUGAAAAACUCUACAAAAUAUACAAUAUAAGCAGACCUAUUGUUCCUGAUAAAAGCAAAGUUUUUCAAAGCUCUGAAAGUACUGAUAGAAUUGAAUCAGAAUUUUUUCAAAUUUCAAAUUCAGUGGAGAAUAAACUAUGGAACGAGGUAGGAAGUGGAGAGGAAGGAAGUGGAGCCACUAUUCCAGUCCUUACAGCUCAUUCACAUAGUAAUUAUGUGCAAAAAAAUGAUCUAUUGAUAGAACUCCAAGAACGAGACGUUGAAAUCACAACUUUACUUGAUAUGUAUGACAACUUAAAACAAGGGCUCGCAGUAAUGGAAGGGAGAAUUCAGGAAAUAAGACUUGGAAAUUUCAUGGAAAGAUUGCAAGAUUCAUUUAUAAAUUUCACCCAGAAAGUUUUGACGAUUGACCAGUGGAAAAUGGCUAGUGGCCAACUUAUAAACUCUACACAAGUAAACCAACAGCAUAUAGCGGGUCUAACAAGUAUGAUAUUUAAUAAUACAAACUUUCUCAGGGAAUUAGACAUGAAAAUAUCUCAUGCUCAGUCUCUCAGUUAUCAACAAUUCAGUUUGUUACGAAUUCAUAUCAUACAACUUAACAAUACAGUACAAGACAUGAAAGAAGAAUGGAAUCGUAAUGGACGUAAUAAAAAUACGCAUCAUAUUCCUCCACCUGUUUAUGUGCAUAGGAUACAAAACGACCAUCAAAAUACAGGAACACUUCUGUCAAGGAUUGAGGAUAUUGCCUUACAAGUAGUGUAUAAUGAGAACAGAAUCGCCAAAAUGGAGCUGAAAAUUUUAAAUGAAAGUUUGUUAGAGUGCAAAAAGGUGAAUGCCGAUAUAUAUCAAGAUUCCAGAAUGAUUCAAAUAGAAAAGUCUAUGGUAAAAAUGUCCGAAGCUUCUCAUAUGGUGAAAGAAAUACUAAAUCAGGUCCAGCGUGACUUGUACCAGGAAUAUGUAAUCAACAGAAAUCAGAGUGAUGUCAUUAAUGUAAUCAUAAAAGAUAUCAACAAAAUUGAUCAUAUCUUCCCUCAGAUAGCCAACAUACAACGUCAGAUAAACUACUUCCAGUUUAUGAUUCCAAAAGACUGCUAUGGUUACCACAGAAGAGGAUUUAAGGAUUCAGGUGUUUAUAUAAUUAAUCCAGCCAAUACAAACUUAUCAAUUCAAGUUUAUUGUGACCUUGAAGAUGAGGAUACUGGCUGGACAUUGAUACAAAGAAGGAUGGAUGGGACAUUAGACUUUAAUAGACCAUGGCAGGAGUACAAGUUUGGGUUUGGUCCGGCUGAUAGUGAAUUUUGGCUUGGAAAUGAUCUCAUUCAUAUGCUUACUACCUCAAAUUCAACGUUAAAAGUAGACAUGAUCGAUCAAAACAAUCAACAUUGGACUGUUACUUAUGAUCAAUUUUUUAUUGCCUCUGAACGGGAAAACUAUAAAAUUUCAGUUAGUGGUUUCCAUGGAAACAAUACAGACAGUCUGGGUUAUAUCAAUGAAAUGGGUUUCAGUACAUAUGACCGUGACAAUGACGGCAGCAGUUCACAUUGUGCAAUGUUUUAUACAGCUGGGUGGUGGUAUAAACACUGUCACUAUGGCAACCUAAAUGGCCGCUACCGUUUAGGCAUGGUUUGGUACAAUUUUUAUGAAGGUAAAUGGAUUCAAUUAAAAUAUGCUUCCAUGAAAAUCAAACCAAAUCUUUGAUGUAAUUUGAAUUUUAGUUUCUAAAUACUUGCUAUUUUAAAAAGUAAGUAGACUUAGGUUGCUCUGAAGUCUUCUGGUCAAUUCAUCAACUUAUCCCAUGGACCAAGAUAAUCCCCAAAAGUCUGUCAUAAGUCAGCGCAGCCUUUGUCUAGAUUUAAAAUGCAAUGGAAAAUGUAAUUUUAU